AUGACUGUAGAUAGGUGCAAGUUGUCUGAUUUUGACGUGUUACCAUUGGCUGAUGACACGUAUAGCUGUCCAGGUGACAUCGACAUGUUAUUGGGCGCAUCAUUGUUUCAUCAUUUAUUGCUUACAAAUAAAAUUGAAGAUAAGGGGUACAUCUCACCCGCACCUACGUCGGCGUGUGAAGAUAAAUCGCUUUCAUACGUUAUACCGCAUCAUGGAGUGGUUCGUGAGGAUAAGACGACCACUAAAUUAAGAAUUGUUUUAGACGCUAGCGCGAAAACUACUAGUUCCAUUUCAUUAAAUGAUAUUUUGUUUUGUGGCGAAAAUUUACAGGGUAAUCUUUUUGAUAUAAUAAUUAAUUUUCGGUUACUCGCGGUCGCACUGUCCGCAGACGUGCGACAAAUGGUUUUGUGCAUAGAGGUUCGUGAAGAGGACCGUAAAUUUCAACGACUAUUGUAUCGUUUUUCACCCACCGAUCCCAUUGUUACCUAUCAAUUUAAUCGUGUUUGCUUUGGUGCUAAAUCUAGUCCGUUUCACGCAUUGCGUACAAUUAAACAGCUCGCUGAGGAUGUUGGAGACUCCUUCCCGCAUGCUAGGGAUGUUUUAGAAUUAGGGUUAUACAUGGACGACGUAGUCCAUUCAGUCGACUCAGAGGAAGAAGGGGUAAAAUUGUCCACUGAGAUGAUCGCAUUUUUUAAAACAGCUGGUUUCGAUUUAGUUAAGUGGACAAGUAAUUCGCAAAUAGUUCUUAACUCAAUUCCUAUUUCUCAUAGACUCGCGGCGCUUAAGGAGUUUGAUGAAACUGACACCCAUAAAGUUUUAGGUUUAUCUUGGUCGCCUCGCACAGAUUUAUUUCGCAUUCAAAUAAACCCGCCUAAUGAGCAGUGCACUAAGCGCGCUAUAUUGUCAUGCGUAGCUAGGUUAUGGGAUCUAAUGGGUUUUUUGGGACCUGUGGUUUUAUACGCAAAGUUACUUGUGAAACAAUUAUGGUUAUUGAAGUGUGAUUGGGAUGACGCGCCGCCUGCAUCGAUAGUAAAACUAUGGAGCCAGUACCGUAGUGAAUUGCAUUUAUUAAAUAAAAUUAGUUUUCCGCGUCAUGUUGAUAUAACGAGAGAUAGCGUCGUUACUGUAGUAGGUUUUGCUGAUGCCAGCGAAAAGGCAUACGGAGCAGUAGUUUAUUUGCAUGUUAGUAAUAAUGGAAUUAAUAGCGUUCACUUGAUGUGUUCAAAAUCUAGGGUUUCGCCUACCAAAACGGUAUCUUUGGCACGGCUAGAGCUGUGCGCCGCAUUAGUACUCGCAAAACUCAUUAGAAUUGUGUGUGACACUUGUAGUAAGCGUCUCACUAUUAGCAAUGUUAUCGCAUUUUCUGACUCAACUGUGACACUUUGUUGGAUUUAUUCGUCGCCCCAUAGAUGGGAUACUUUUGUUGGCAAUCGCGUAUCUCAGUUGCAGUCUUAUUUAGCACCAGAUAGUUUCCGUCAUGUUUCGGGUAUAGACAAUCCUGCUGACUGUCUAUCGCGCGGAUUGACACCCGCACAAAUUAUCGAUCAUCCGUUGUGGUUCCAUGGUCCACCCUGGUUAUCGUCGAGCCCUAGCGAGUGGAAGAUAGCGGAGUUCAAUCCCACUAGUAUAUCGAAUCCUCCCGAGGAAAAAACGCAAGCAUUAUUAGUUUCUGAAAUCGAACCUAGUUUAAUUUUGUUAAAAUUAGCAGAUCAGUUCUCGUCGUGGUCGGCCCCACAUUUCGGUGGGAACUGGGAAUCUAAUAUCAAGAGUCUGAAGAGUCACCUAUAUAAGGUAGUAGGAGAUCAGAUUCUCACUUUUGAGGAGCUUAGCACUGUUCUCACGCAAGUGGAAGCAGUAAUGAAUAGUCGACCAUUGUGUCGCACGUUAACAUCGGAUCCAUCCGAACGCCGGCUCAUUUCUUGA